AUGGCCACAGACUUUAGGCCGGAGCAGGCUCUAGAUUUCGAUGGCGCGCUCCUCCAAGAACUCCAAGGCGAUGUCAGCGACUCUAUCGCUCGGCAGCUCCUCGAAGAGAUCCCACCAUUAACUGUACCGACAGUCGUCCAUGACAACAACUGCGGUUACGACGCAGUAACUAUGGCAAUCAUGGAAAGCAAUCCACCAGCCGAUCUGAAGAUCCACGCCACCGACGUGAAUCCCAUGUUCUUCGUUUAA